AUGCCUCUCAAGCUCGACUACAACGCAACCCUGAUCCCAAGCGCGGCGUUGCAACCUCCCGAGCCCGACCCCUACCGCGCACCGGACAGCCUCGACACCUUCGCAAGCUACAAGUACCGUCCACUGUGCAACAUAUCCUCCCUCGAUCUCCACUCCGGCUUCUCGCCUCUAUGCACCGAGCGCACGUCCAUGCUUACGGCCAUGUCUUCUGGCGGCCGUAUCGGCCACGACGCGCCGUACAUGCCUCGUGGGUGCGAUAUGAGGUGGUUCACCACAGAGGAGGUGUGUGAGAUUCUGGAGAGGUUCGAGAAGGUGGUGUUUGUUGGGGACAGCAUGAUGAGGCAUGUGGUUGGGAGCUUAAAUGUGCUGCUGCGGAAGGAUUUAGGGUUCGGAGCUGUUACGGAUUGGAACUUCAGCGAUGAGGAGAGGAGGGAAUGUUUCUGCAACUUCCAAUUCAACGUUAAGGCAUGCUCAGUGCAAGGCAUCUUCAGAACAGCGGACGUCAUGAAGAAUGACCCGGACGGCUUGGCGUGCCCCGCUGGCACCGUGGACGUUCUGAUCGAGCAGAUGGUCAAGUUUCCCAUCCCUCCGGAAGAAAUUGAGCGCUUCAAACAGACCAUCGGCACAGUCAAGCCCAAAAGGCCUUACGCAUUCGUCUUUGGGCACGGGCUAUGGAACGACCUUGAUCUCCAGGCGACAGUCAACUGGCUCGAUCAGAUACUCGACGCCACGUCCGAUCGACUGCCAUACUUGAGGCAGAAAGGAGCGUUCUGGCCGAGGCUGUUCAUGACGCCCAACGCGGCGGGCAAGAAAAAGCCGGACGAAUGGCUGGUGAGCCAGGGCAACAAGGCUUUGAUGGUCUUCGAAGAGAGUGUGAGAUACGAAGCGGAAAGGAGAGGAGUCGAUCACCUCGGGACGUGGAACAUGAGCAUACAGAGCCAGAAAUUUGACGGCGUGCAUCUUGAUCUCAAGGGCAACAUGAUCAAGGCUAUGAUGGUAAUGAACUGGUUGAAUUUGCUAGCAGUGGAGAAUCACUAG